GAACGGAAAAAGAAGAAUGGACAACUAAAAAAUGUUGUGAUGGUUGUGAUACAAACCGCAAAGUGAUACUUUUACAUAUUUCUGCGUUCCAUUAUUGAUAUCUCGUUAACAAUUCGUGUAGUUCAAUCAUCUGUGUUUAAAUGUGUCGAUAGCAAGCAAAACUCUUAUACAAAUAAACGACAGGUCAUCGCGGUACGCAAUUUGGAUUCGGUCACAUUAUCUCAGGAUAGAAAAGAAAACAUUUUCUGUUUACGUUAUGGGUCGUCGAUGUGUGGUGCCUUCUUGUUCGUCGACAGACCUGACUAUGCUGGUUCACCGAUUUCCACGAAAACACUGUACAGCAUGGCAGAGAAGCCUCCAAUUAAAUUCGUAUGCGCUGAAGGAUUUGCUCGAUAAAUAUGUCGUGUGCGCCCACCACUUUCGUUCAUCAGACUACAGACACAGGGAGUCAAAACAUCUGAACACAACAGCGAUUCCAACUCUGGACGAUAUCCCUGAUGCAGACAAAAUUCCCGAUUGCCGCACCAGUAUUCAUAAACCGAACAAACGAAGCAAUGUUGCCGGUAGCACUGCUGUUUCCGACAGUGUAACGCCGCAUCUAAAUUCUAACUUGACGAUUGGACGAACAUAUUCAAAUUGUGUGUCGAGCGCUUUGUCGCCCGUCACCAAAUUAACCGGCUCCAGAGACCCGAUCGAACAUGACAUAUUAAUGGAAGAAAGAUUUUAUACCGACGGCGAUAUCAUUGAAGAAGAAACUGCCAUGGACGAAGUUAUGUUACUGCUGGAUUCAGAUGUCAGUCCGACAGACAUACCCGAAUGUGUGUCGGUAACGGUAAACUACGAGGAGGAAGUGGACGUGGACACCUAUACCGAGCAGGAGACUUUCAUCGAUGAAAUACUGGAGGAGGACGAGAAUUGUGAUAACGUCGGGAAGAUGAUGGUGAGUCGAGCGGAUUAUGUGGAUCUGAUUGAAGCGAAAGACGAAACCGAUUACGAUGAUGACGAAGACGAUGGAUGUGAGCUGGUGGAUGAAAAUGAAAUUCUUUUCAAGGAUUACAGUCGGAACGAUCUGAUCAAUGAAUUGUUAUCGGCUAGGAGCCGCAUAAAAGAACUGGAAACGAAAUUAGGAAAUAUUCAGCAGGCUCACAUGUCGGUGCUUCAAAACUUAAAUAAUUUUAACAAAGUGUUGAUUAGCUAAGUGUAAAUUGCAUGAUUAAAGUAAGUAAGAACGUU